CUCCGCUGAGCACGACCAACGUGUCGUGCUUUUGGCUGUUUCCGUCAGCCAUCAGCAGCAUCCUUUUCUUCUCGAGGCACUGUACACCACUCUGACUGCUCCAAGCAGAGGCACUCCACGCAACCUCACCCCACUCCAGGCAAUCCUGCCUCCAAUCCAGGCCCUGUUUGUAGUCUGUAUCACGGUCAGACUGCGCUCCAGGAAUGGCGCCGCGCCGCCUGCUCCGAGCCGGCUGGGGGCCUCAACGCCCGUGCGGCUCUCGCCUUGCCGCGGCGCUGUGCGCGGCCGUGGCCGCGCUGGCGCUGGCGCUGGCACCUGCCUCGGACGCCACGUCGGCAUCGCUCGUGGGCAUCAACUACGGCCGCGUCGGGAACAACCUCCCGCCGCCGCAGUCCGUGCUGCCGCUGCUCGAGGGCCUCGGCAUUGGCCGCGUGCGGGUGUACGACGCCGACCCCGCCGUGCUGCGGGCGUUCGCCAGGACCGGGGUCGAGCUCGUCGUCGGCGUGCCUGACGAGUGCCUGGCCGCCGUCGCCGACCCGGGCGGCGCCGCGCAGUGGUUGAAGGAGAGCAUCGUGCCCUUCCUGCAGGAUACCAAGAUCGCCGUGCUCACCGUCGGCAACGAGGUGCUCACCGGCGGCAACAGCUCCGCGCUCUCGCGCUUCCUGCUCCCGGCGAUGCAGUCCCUGCACGGCGCGGUGGCCGCGCUCGGCCUCGACAAGCAGAUCACCGUCACCACGGCGCACAACCUCGGCGUGCUCGGCACGUCGUACCCGCCCUCGGCGGGGGCCUUCAGCAAGGACCUGCUCCCGUACCUCUGCCCCAUCCUGGACUACCACGCCCGGACCGGCUCGCCGUUCCUCGUGAACGCGUACCCCUACUUCGCCUACUCCGACGACCCCAAGGGCGUGCAGCCCGACUACGCGCUGCUCGAGCCGGGCAACGCCGGCGUCCAGGACCCCAACUCCCGGCUGCACUACCCGAACCUCCUCGUGGCGCAGGUGGACGCCGUGUACCACGCCAUCGCGGCGGCCAACAGCGCGGCGUCGCGGGUGGUGGAGGUGCGGGUCUCCGAGACCGGGUGGCCCUCCGCGGGGGCCGCCAACGAGACGGGCGCGACGCCGCAGAACGCGGCGCGGUACAACAGCAACGCGAUGCGGUUGGUGGCGGAGGGUAGGGGCACGCCGCUCAAGCCCGGGGUGCCGCUGCGCGCCUACGUGUUCGCGCUCUUCAACGAGAACCUCAAGCCCGGGCUGGCGUCCGAGCGCUACUAUGGCCUGUUCAAGCCCGACGGCACGCCGGCGUACGAGCUCUCCUUCAAGCUGCCGCGCGACAACUCCACCUUCGGCCACGGCGGCGGUGGCGGCGGAUUCGGCGGCAGCGGCAACGCCAAUGGUAGCAGCGGAUACUUUAACGGCGCCGGAAACAGCGGUUACUACGACAUCUCCGCUGCGGCGCCGGCGCGUGACCCUCCGGGCGGCCGCUGGUGGCGGAUGUGGGCGCAGGCGGCGGUGGCAGGCGCAGCAGCCGUGCUGGUGGCGGUGUGACGAGAUCACGGCGUGGUGCCGGCGUGCCGCCCGCACUGCCUUGAUGGAAUGGCAGAUCAUCAGGGGUGGGUUGGUAGAUGGAGGAUCGGGAUGGGGUGCAGCAGCGGCAUUCGAAAACUAUGAUGACCCGAUAUCGACAUAUCGUGGUGCUCGUUUGCUGUGGUUUCUGAGACGGACCUAUGACUGUGAGUGACCUGGUGCUUUUGGUUGCAGUUGCAGCUAGUUAAGCAGCAUUGGAUCAGUCUCGGCCGGUUUGGUUUUGCCUGCCUUCUGGAAAAC